UCUUUAACAGAUCCACCAGAACUCAACAUCGUAAGUAACGAUGUAGUGGUUGUGGAAGGUGACCCCAGUAUUACUUUAGAGUGUAUCGCAGAUGGUGAACCAACACCAGGCAUCACCUGGACCAGAGUAGAUGCUAAUGGAAGCGACAGUGGUGUACUGGUAACUGGGAAUCAGUUUGUCCUUGAAAACAACAGAGAUAACAGUGGAACAUAUCGUUGUACAGCACAUAAUGGAAUAGGAACUGCACCAAAUCGCACAGUGAAAGUUGAAGUUAAUUGUGCGUAGAUAAUUGUAUAUUGUACCUUAUUUUUCAUAGAAAGUAGGAUUUAUUGGUAUAGUACGUAAAAAUAAAGCAAAACAAAACUUAAAAAUGGAAAAAAGUGUAAGUCAACUACAAAAAAAGGAUAAGUGAAGAUUUGCUUUUUUACGGGUGGUAUAAUAAUGUGGGCACUUUUAUUAAAAUACACUGUGACGAUGCAAGCAGGGCCUGAAAAAAGUCCUGUUGUGAGAUUUAAGGAUAAUAAAUGAUAUUAAAAAGGAGCUGCAAGUCAGAAAAAAAGGAAAGGUGGAGCAAUCAAUCACCUAUGGCAUUAGUCUGGACAGAAAAAUGUUUGGCUCGUCCGACAUGAUGAUGCAGGUCACAAGCUCUGAUUCUGAUGCAUGAUUAGAUGUUGUUGUUUUCUUCUCUUCAGUUAAACCAGAGAAUUUCAAGUUAAUGGUGAAAGACUCAGUUGUAUGUGAAGGUGAUGUUAUCACUAUCACCUGCGCAGCAGAUGGUAAACCUGUAGUGCAUACUUAUCAACUGUUUGAGAAUGAAAUACCAGUUAAUGAUGGAAACAGCUCAGCAGGGGUAUGGAUAAGAAAAUAUUUAAAAGGAGAAGACUUAAGCUACAGUUGUGUGGCUAAUAACACUGUUGGUACAGCUGAGAAGACUUUAAAUUUCACUGUUAAAGGUACAGUGUAAGAAGUAGUUGUUAUUCUGGUACAGCUAUUAGCUGUAAUGUUGCAUAUUGCGUAUUUAACUUCAAGUGGCAACGACACAUAAGUAUUUUUGUUGGUGAGGUUGCUUUUGAUAUUGUAUAUUAGUUCCACAGUUUCUUGUAGUUUACAUUAUAAUGUAAUAGUUCAAUUUACGUGUCACUUUCAUGUACAUCAAAAAAACUCAACACCUGUCCACUUUAGGUGAAAAACAAUCACAGUACUUUGCAGUAUCGUCUUAUCAAGGCUUUUAUAUUCUUACUCUUUUGAAACAAUCCUGUUUCUUCAACUGUAAAUUGAUGACUGUCUAGACUCCAUCCUAUCCAGAGCCCCAAUUGAAAAAUGGUCACCCAAAAAAAAAAAAAAAAAAGAUUUAGUCACCUCAUCCACAUUCUAUAUUAUGCCACAUGAAAUUCUAGUUAGUCUAAUGAUACCGUACGUGUGCAGCUUUCUUGCAUAAAUUGGAAAGUUCUGCUUUUUUUCAUUUGCCGCCAACACUUAGCUGAAUGCCUCACUCCCACAAAUAAUUUUUCAUUCUUCCACAGUGAAUUUCGAGAAAUUUUUACUCGUUUUCACCACCAUGGUACUUUAUUCCUUAUACGGAUGAAAGCGACUUCACACUUAGCCUCGUUCUUGCGCGGUAGUUUUGGCUCUAGAUCACUGAACCGUGAGAACUCGGAAGUGGCCUAUUGAUGACUUUUGUUGAAAUUUUAGUCCAAAAGAUACACGUAUUUUCACUCGCAACAGCUCGGGCGCAGCAUAGGCCCUGUUUUAGAGGUUUUUUUGUUUAAAUUAUACGCCAUUUCCUUCAUUUGCAUGCUAUAUUCCCAUGGUGCACAGCUUUCCCAAUCCCAGCGCCAGUACAGUACUUGCACAGAAAUCACAUUUUUCUAAGCCAGUGUAUUUAGUUGAAAGCCAGUACUUACUGAAAACCCUGAUGAAGGAAAGGGAAAAUAAAACAUGUCUCAGUCCUAGGAUAAGUUACAUGUAAUCUCAAAAGUCACAGGCACAAAUUUUGAUAUUACAUUUACUUUGAAUUCCUUUCUCUGUUUUUUACUGGAACUAAUGAUGUACAAGUAAAAGUACCAACCGUGAACCCUUAAAGAAUAAUUUUCUUCUUAUGAGACGAGCUAAAACUGUACAAUUUCCUUAUUUCUUGGGAAUGCUUUUGCGUGAUGCAAAUGCAUGAACAAAAAUGAAAAUUUGAUGAGUGUGUAGGUUCAUAAACAUGUAGUUUUACACUUGUAAUCUUUUGUUAUCUCUUUUUCUGCUCAGUGCCCUCUAAAGUUUAUCCAUUGGAGAACAUCACAGUGAUAGAGGGUGAAAACAGGACUUUAACCUGUAAUGUUUCUGGAAGUCCUGUGCUGACUGUAACAUGGACAGAAAUAAGCAGCCGUAGCCAAUCCUUUGGAGUCAUGCGUUAUCUUACAAACAUCAGCAGGUAUAAUGCUGGUGAAUACAAAUGUGAAGCUACAAAUGACUGUGGAAAUAGCUCUGCCAGCACUUUCCUCACUGUUCUCUGUAAGUGAUUAUUUUAUAUUAAUGGUGAUCGAGUAAAAAUAUGCAUUAAGGCCUGGAGUGUUCAUCUCUUAGCCCAUUUUCCACUCUUUGCUAAGUGUGAGUUGCUAGAUUCUUGAGCUGUGAGGUAUUCCUCUCUCUUUUCUCAAGCUUGUUUUAAAAUUAAGAGUAAGAAGCUCUCGGGGGCUGCAGUUUUACUGCAUUGGAAAUUGAAUAGAGAAUAAUACUAGAUAUAGAAUUUCUUUUUAAGUGUUCAACUUGGUAUAUCGAUGUUCACAUGAAGAGAGGAAUUCAUAUCCAUAAAAAACCAUGCAUUAUUUUGUUUCUUAUGUUAACAUCUCAGUUUUAUUAGCAACCAUAGUUAAAAAAAAUUUGAGGAACAACCUUGGAUUGAGAGUUGUGAAUGCUUGUCAGUCAUUCAUUACCAUGACAGAAUGGUGCGAAAGGCAAAUGACGUGUCGGCAGGUGAUUGGCAAUAUCAAACACGUAAAAAGUUAUCGUAAAUUUGUACAGUCAUGUAUUUUAAAGAAAGAGACAAAACUUUUAAGUCUGUAAUACAUGUUUCGACAGAAACUUCUGUCAUCUUUAGUUAAUUACUGUACAAAGCGUUGGAAGUUGAAUUAUAUAGUAAGUAGAACAAUGAUAAUUAUGAUAAAUAGUGACAACAAGAAAAGAGGUAAAGCAUGAAAGUAUGAGAAUUACAGGGAUAGUUUUAGAUUUACAAGGUGUAAUUGUUGAUUCAAGGAUGGUUUUUCUCUUUCAAUAUGAAUAGCUCUUUCAUCUUGAGUUGAAAACCGGUAGAGGCGUGAUCUAAAACAUGGAAGUUAUCUGCUGAUCACAAAGGGCGACAAUGUACAGAAUCUUGUAGAUGCUUGAAAAUGUGAGAGGCCCUGUCACCGACUAAGUUUUUUUUUUUUAUAUUUUAUUUUGUUUAUCCGUUUUACAUUAAAAAAAAAAAUUACAGCUGUAUAAAGUAAAUAAAAUUGUAUAAGGUCAGUAAAUAAAUAAUAAAUAAAUAAAUAAACAAAAAUAUUAAUAAAGUGAUUAUCGACAUCAAAUAAGCCAAACAUAAUAUUAAUUUGAUCUGUUAGAUCAGGAAGCGUUUCAAUACCGCAUUCAUGUAACCAACUAGAGAUUUCUUUCCAGAAGGCUCUAGAGUGUUCACAAAAAACAAAAAGAUGUUCAAGGGUUUCCUCGUUCUUAUCACAGAAUGAGCAUAAAGGUGACUCAACCAGUUUAAGCUUAAAUAGUUUAGAGCUAGUAAGUAAUAUUCUAUUUAAGAUUUGUACUGAAAAUCUCUCGUAUAUGUAUCUAACGCGACCUGGAAAGGCAAACUGUAGAUCUUAUUCCACACGAGCUCAGAAUCGUGAAACAUUUCGUUAUAUCUCAACUGUGCUGUGGGGGUUUCACGCAAAUCAGACAUAUGCGCUUCGUAAAACGUUUUGGUGUCCAUUUCUGAUAAAGACACUUUAGCAGAAUUUAACACCAAGUUAUAAUCCUGAGGGUCGAAAGGGGGAGUGUGUGGUAUCGUGUCACCGACUAAGUGCUCUCUACCACGUGUGUAAAAAUGCCGGCACGUUUCAUCGACGUAACAGGUAUUACAGCCAGCGCCUACAAACCUAUAAACCACAAGUGAACGUGGCCCGUCUGGGACAGGGUCUUUCAUACCAAACAAGUUGCCGAUCUUGAAGGACUGAAGAGAAAACUAGCUUAAUAUCCAAGUUAUUGCAAUAGCGCUAAAUAAAAGGGCGAAUCUUUUUUUGAGUGAUAGCAGAAAAAUGGCCUAUGUAGGGUAGCUUAAAGUAAAACGUAGGUGACGUGGUGGGAGGGGAACCCCGGGGAUGAUGAUUGCUUUGGUUCCCAGUGUUGUAAAGGUUUAUGUACAGUUACGGCUUUCCGAAGGGCUGGAAAUCGUUGUAAAAAUAUGAAAUUAGUGUAAUAAAAAUUUUUUCCCCUCAAUUUUGGAGAGCUCUGAGUGACGUUUACAAUGCGGUGAACUUUGGCGUUCAAUUUCUGAUUUAAAUCUUACAGAUAAACCAGAAAAGUUCAACUUCACAGUAAGUAAAUCAGCUGUGUGCAAGGGUUCUGUGGUCACCUUCAACUGUUCAGCAGAUGGAAUUCCUCCGGUGGAUACACAUGAGUUGUUAGAAAAUGGUGUGUCUGUAAGGAAUGGCAGCAACAGUCUUGGAAUGUGGAGCAGGAACAUGUCAAUUCCAGGUGUAUUUAAUUACAAAUGCAUGGCAAGGAACUCUGCGGGAACAGCGUACAGCAUGAGUGUAACAGUUACUGUGAAUGGUAAGCACAUGUUACUAAAUUUCAACGGGAGGAGUUGAUAGAGCACUGCACCGGCGUCGCAGAGGUCAUGAGUUCAACUUUCAUCGACCCCUCAUGACAUCUGAUAAUGAUUCUUUUGUCUUUAUAUCAAGACAUAAGUGCUCAAUUGAAAAGAGCUCUAAUAUUUUCCUCUCCAUAAUGAAACGAAAUGAGUAUUAGGGAUUAAGUACAAGUAAAGACAUCAUCCUCGCAAGUGAGCUGCACUUAAACAAAUUUUAAAAAAUACUAGCUUCUCCGUCAAUUUUUUAGGCUAGGCACAUGCCGACAGAUUCGCAUAUUAGUUGCUCGAGUAUUUUGCUGUUAAGAAGAUAUAGAUGUAGCUGCUUUCAUGAUUCACUGGUUUGCAAUAAGGCCUUUAAGAGAUUAUAACAUACCAUUAUUCCAUUUAAAAUAAGAGAGACGUAAUAUAUGGAGCAAUUCUCUAUUUUUUUCAUGAUGAAGGUGUACAAGCAAUAGAUAAUAAGUCAGUCACCGAAGGAGAAAAUGUGACUUUCACUUGUCAAACAUACGGAAAAAGCUUCCAAAGGCUAACUUGGUUCAAACCUGAUGGUCAAUCUGGAGAUAAAAAUGUACUGGAGCUUGUAAACAUUAGCAGGAAUGAAGCAGGAGAAUACAGAUGUGAGGUCCAUAGUGAAUGUGGCAACGAAACAGAAACAGUCAAUAUCGAUGUCCAAUGUAGGCGAGUUUUUUUCUCACUUUUAUGUUUGUUCAAUGAAUGUUUCGCAGCUGUUUUGAAAAAGGUACCUUUGAUGUACUGGCCGGUGAACGCUGAGAUAAUAGUUUUGAAAAAUAUAAAUUCAUAGUCACAUGUUUUUGGUUGGAUAAAGUUAUUUAAAUUGAGUGUUGAUUAUCAACCUCAAUCACACCUUAUGUACAUUUAAUAGCUAUCCAAAUUACGUGAAAUUCACUUGAUCGAUCUUUUUUUUAUUUUAUUUUAUCUACUGUUGAUCUAUCAAUGUUCUUCUUUACAUUGCCUUACAAAUGUGUUUGAAUUUAUGACACCUGAACGCACUUAACUUGAGUGAAUUUGCUUCUUUCUAUGGACUCUGAUCUUUUGUUAUUCUUCUAGACAAACCAGAGAUCGUGGAUUUAAAAAAAUCUUCAUUUACUAGUAAAAAUUGUCGGGGUGACAUUAUCAGCUUUAAUUGCUCAGCUAAUGCUAAUCCAUCCAUGACGUCAUAUCAGUUGUUUGAGAACGAAACUGCAAUCUUAGACACAAACCCAUCAGGAAUGUGGAACAGGAAACUGCCAACUGGGGGAGUGUUCAUGUACAAAUGUAUGGCCAUCAACUACUUAGGAUCAGAAGACAGUUUACCUGUUAUUGUCGAAGUGAAUGGUACGCUUAACUGAGCGGUUUAUUGAAUCUGUGAAGCUUAUUUUCUCUGCGUACAUUUAUCAGUCUACAUCAAUCUGUUAGUUACGCUGUAUAUCAGACCAAAGUCGUUCAUUUGUAUACUAAGGACAUAUAAAGGGUCAAGUUAGGAGUGGGGAAUUUAAAGGUGUGAUAAGCAGCGGAAAGCGUUUGAACGUUAUCUUUUUCCUUUUCAAAGGAAAUUAAUAGAAAAAAAGGAGAAACUGCGACGUAAAAUCAUGUCCUUUUCAGUAAUGCUUAUCUUUAUACAUUUCAGUUCAACUAAGGCUACCAGAGUCUCUUAAUCAAAUUUUGCUGAUCAAAACAAUGAUUGUUAUCCAAUUAUUUUAGGGCGUAGAACCAAAGCAUGGUAAAAGAGAUAAUAUUUCUGGUCAUCGAUGUAUAAUGCACAACUGUAGCCUGCGUAGUUGGUGACUGCAUUUAUAAACCCAUUUGCUAGAUUCACUAAAUUCGUAAAUGAAGUUAUUAAGGGAAGAGACAAUUACAAUUUAGAUCAUGACGCAAACUUUGUACGAUUUGAAAUAGUAUUAGAACUUAUCCUAUCUGUGCUUGACUGUGGUUGAACAGUACACCUUUAGAAGUACACUGCAUGAGAAUUAUUUGUUCUGCUUCAUACCUCAGUGCCUUCAUCUAUACCUGCAUUACAAGAUCAGAGUGCAACUGAAGGUGACAAUGUGACUCUGUUGUGUCCUGUAUCUGGAAUACCUCCCCCAGUGGUGUCUUGGAUGACACCUAAUGGUCAGCGUCACAGUGGUUACAUGUUGGAGCUUACAAACAUUAACAGAAGUCAAGCUGGUGAAUACAAAUGUGAAGCCAGCAACGAGUGUGGCAAUGCAACAAGGACAGCAAGCAUUCAUGUGCGGUUCAAGUUGCCCGGUAAACAUAUCCUUAUUAGCGUAACUUUACAGUUAUCGGUUCAUAGUUUUAUACCAAAUCAACAAAUCUACAUUGCAAAUCAUCCUUUUCGCCAUGUUCUUCACGAAUGACAAUUUUUCUUCCUUGUAAUGAGUCUUCGAUAUGCGAUGGCACCUUAGUUUGUUAUUAUUGGUAUGCUAUGGCGCGCUCUUAUUGGUUCAUUUCGAUACUUAUAAUUAUUAUGACUAUUAGAUGUUGUUCCUUUAUAGGUCCCCUUUGUAACAGAUCGGUUGUUAUGCUUUUUGAUCAUAAGCAUCGAUGCUUCAGGAAUUUCGAUCUCGUCGUCUCCAUUGAUGUUAUUAGGAUGAAUUCUUAUGUGGACGACUUCUUUAACCUUACUUGCGUAACACUAAGAAUCAUAAUCAAUAAAGUCUAACCUGGUCCCAAACAGGAGCCGGUCCUGUUCCAAAGGCGUGUUCUGAAACUACCCGAUUCUGAGAACAAGCAGGCCUGUAGAUCUCUUUCAAGUUCUUUAAUUCUCCGUCUCCCUGUUCCUCCGAUAUAUUCUUUGCCACAUUUACUGGUGAUUUUGUAAAUAACGCCCUCCCAUUGCACGUAAACUUUCAACCUUGUCGCCUGAGUAGUAGUGGAACAGUCGAAGCGUCGCGAUCAAUACACGAUUGAUUAGCCUGCACUAACCUCUUGAGACAAACGAUUAAACCUUUAGAUCUAUAAAGCCACGAUGUACAACAACAUCUUCUAUAGCAAAAUAAUGCUCAGCGCAGUGACAAAAAUUGCCUCUCCUGGCCUCGGUGUUGCAGACGGUGAUAUUAUAUCACCAAAAUAUAUCUUUUUAAAAAUACUGUUGCAAGUAUUAUUUCCACUUUCCAGUUCCAAGUGAAAAUUAAAAAACAUAAUACAGCUUUCAUGGCUAGGAUCUUGAACCUUGAAACGCUUUUCUCAGAAAAAAAUUCAAGAUAACAACCUUAUCAAAUAGAAAAUAUCUAUCCAGUAGCAAAAAUUUAUGAUUUGAAAAGUUCUUGGAGGAGGUUUAAAUCGGUUUAACUCGUAUUAAUUCAACUAAAAAGUUAAGAAAGGCAUUGCUUCUGUGAAAUGUAUGUCAUUUAUUUAAGAUUCAGUUACUGUUCCCCGUCCAGUUCCAUCUGAACCAGCAAAGGUGAAUAAAGAUGCUAUUUAUGGCUCAGUUAUUGGGGUCCUCGCCUUUAUGUUCGCUGUUUCUAUUAUUUUCAUUGCCUGGAAACACCGCAAACGUGAGUAGAGUUUAUUACUAUAUUCAGCUGGUAAAUGCUCUGAUUCGAGAUGCUAGUAACCGAGAUUUAUGAUUUGUGGCCGAUUGGCAGAGUGAGAUUUAAGUGAAGAAUAGAAUGGAAACUGAUAAGGAGAAAGGAAAGACAAAACAGCAAUCAGUGGGACAACUUGCAGCAUAGUACAAUCUCGCAAAGUAUUUCAAUUCAUGCCACCAAUUACCAGCUUUACGUUUACUUUCGUUCAAUAUAUUACAUUACUCGGCUACAACUAACUGGAAAUACUUACAAGCGAAGGAACUGGAAAUACUUGAGGCAUAAUUGAUGAGGACUUCUUGAAUAUUAAAAUAAUAAAUGCAGCUGUUUUUCCUGUAUCUGAUUUAAUUUCUUUCCUUCUUUCCACCCUUCUUAGCUGAAAAAGAUGAUCGGUAAGAUGUCAUUACCAUAAAAUGUUAAUAGAGCAUCUGUAGAUCAGAUUGGUAGAAAACAGACUUUGGUCGUAUUUAUAGUUUUGUGAAACGUUUCUAUUCUAAGCAGAAGUUUAUUUGGUUUUAUGAAGCGAAAUAAAAACGCAGUGGUAAGAGAAAAAAACUGAGUGUAACAGAUUUGAUGUUUUUACUUUGCAUGAGAAACCAAUAUGUGUCAGUUGAUAUUUUACAAAAACAAACAAAACAAAUAUUUUGUUUAUGAGGUUUAGACAGUUUCCUAGAAACUACUUUUAUAAUGUUUUAUUUUUCUUUUAGACUCGAUCCAGUCCUUCAGAAACCACGUAGGCCUCACUUUGUAAGUAUAGAAUGCAUUUUGUUCGAACAACUUACUCUGUAAAAAAGGUAAAGCCUUUAUACAGGCCCAAGUGGUCCAUGGGGCCGGCGCUUAGCUCCGGUUUCCUUAACACGAAGCGGCUAGGAGUAUUACUAUCUACUUUCUAGGCUCUUGGGGACUUCAACAUCGUAAGCCAGUUGUAGAAAAUGGUGACACAUAGGAAGUAACACAAGGAAGAUGAGUUUAUAGCAGUCUAUCAUAUAUCAGGUUCAUUAAAAUGCGCUUUGCCGACCUUUAACCACAAUUCCCAGGAAUUGUUGUUGUAUUUACGAUUCAAAUCUUCUUAGCAUUGAUUAGCAGGUGCUCGAGGAAAGGGCAUUAGGCUUAGAGGAUGACAUCAUAGUAUUCAAGUGUUCUUUAAGAUUUUAUCCAAUUGUGAUAAGACAAGUUACGAUUGCGUAUGGUUUUUUCUUUUGGCUGCAAAACAAGUGAAUUAAAAUGAAAAAACGUACAACACCAUGGACCGUGGACAAUGGUCCCAAUAAAAUUUUGCAUGAGACUUCACUAAGAAAUACGAGACCUCUUUCUUACUCGUUGCCAGUCUGUAUGGGAGGACUAAGUGUGAAGCUCUUUUCGCUUGAAAACAGAACGCGGAAAUUGAACUUGAGAACUUCAAUGGGAACCCUAGCACCGUGGUGCAUCAUGGUCCCGGACAUUACAUGGACCUGAGUGAAGUUGAAUCACUGAAUGAACCUGCCACGGACCCAGCGCGAAGUUAUUUAGAAAUAAACGAAUAUGCUCCCCUGCACCCAGGAACGCGCUCAUGGGAAGUGGAAAGAGAAAAUGUAACAAUUGAAAAGGUUAUUGGAAAAGAUGCCUUUGGUCAAGUCGCCCAAGGAAAAGCUUCAAACCUUCGUGGAAGAGAGGAGACAAUCACAGUUGCCAUAAAAAUGCUGAAAGGUGCUAUAUUCAUUGUCUUAAAAGCGUUUUAGUUUAGGUAAGGCUUAGCUGUUACUGGACAGUUGUCCUUUGCUCUAGGUAACGCCACAGACACAGAGAGAAAAGAUUUGCUGUCAGAACUUGAAGUCAUGAAGAAACUUAAGCCUCAUCCUCACGUCAUCAGGUUGCUGGGAUGCGUCACUGAAUCAGGUGCAGAAGAUAACAUUUUUGAAACUGCUUGGUUUAUUUGUGCUUUUAUCACUGCGACGACUAAAGUAAUUAUUGUACACUCCGACGACCAAAGUAAUGAUUUUAAUUUAAUGCCCGAACUUCAAAUGAAUUCAUAUUUCUUUCUCUCUUGCCACACAUAUUCUCGUUAUUGCUGAUCCUAACAACAUUAACAAAGGGCGUUUGUUACCUAUGUACAUGGUAAAAGAUUGUUAUUAUUACUUUUUUAUCGCUACGAGCUCCCUUAUAUUCCUUUAACUUAAUCUUAUCUAUCCGGUUUACCGCAGAUCCUGGUUUGAAAUUUGAAUAUCCUUGACACAACUAUAAAUAUUUCCGUUUUUCCAUCGCUGUAAACGAUGUGCUCUGUUUGUUGAAAAAAAAUUUAUUUUUAGAUCCUUUGCUUGUACUUAUCGAGUAUGUCCCGUAUGGAGAUCUCCUGGGCUAUUUGAGAAAGAGCCGACAAUUAGAAGAUAAUUACUUCAAGGACCCGGAUAUUAAGCCACAGACGAGUUUGACUUCCCAGCAACUGAUGAAGUUUUCCUGGCAAGUGGCUGAUGGCAUGCACUAUUUGUCGUCUAAAAAUGUAAGUUGAUUUCAGUAUAUGAAUAACUUUGCUGUCUCGGCGUCAGUCGAUGUAAGGAAUACUUUAUUCAUUUCAAUUUUAAUUAAAAUUUUCAUGUGGAUAAAAUAUACUUGGAUGCAGGUGACUUAAGUAUGAACUUUUUUAGUACUUUGGGUGAAUCUUUUCUAUGUGGUUUAGUUACGGCGAUGAAAAAGCUUUUUGUUUGAAAUGAUCAAAAGCGUCCAUUGCAUCAGUCACUUUUUUUUUGUUGCAAACAGGAAAGUUUUAUCUUUAAACGCUGUUCGCUAGCGCAAACUGAGUUGCUGUUUGUAAAACAAAAAGAUUUCCAAGAAAGCUCUCCAUUUUCAAGGAAGCGUUUUCUUUUUAAUUUUUCAAGGUUGAUGAUAUUUAAACAGUGAAAGAUUCUACUGGGAUAGACGUUUGAUAAAAGAAUAACAUUUUAAGGUUUUUUUUUCAAAACUGAGUGUUCUUUCGUGGACGCAGCUCGGAAAGUGUCUAGUCUCGCAUCUCAAAACGGCCCCUGUCCACUACGGCUUGAAAUCAAUGAUCAGAAGAGGAUAGACAUAAUAUUCCGUGGGACGCUUUUUAAUUAUUCAUUAAUGCUUUGUAUAAUGUUCGACAGAUUAUUCACCGCGACCUUGCAGCCCGGAACGUCUUGGUCGGAGAGCGAGAACAAUGUAAGGUAACCGAUUUUGGAAUGGCAAGAGACGUAUGCCAGGAAAACAUCUACGAAAGAAAAUCAAAGGUUUCUGAUUUCAAUAUGUCGAUAUAUUACGUGUUUGGGUAAUAACUCCUGUCACUUUGUUUCUCAAUAAUGGUUUACACCUCAUCAUCACCAGAAAGUCUGCGUGUAUAAACAAAAUGAAGCAUCAUUGCUCUUUCUCGUCAUCAUUUCAUUUCAACGUGUUUUAAUAGGGAAGACUGCCAGUGAAAUGGACAGCUUGUGAAGCGCUGUUAUACGGACGAUAUACGACGAAAAGUGAUGUGUAAGUGGAUCUAAUAAGUUGAUAAACAGUUUUGAAUAAUAAUAAUUAUUAAAAAAAUUCAAAUCUAAACAUCUUCGGCCUAUAAUAUAAUUAUAUCUGUAUCUGUGAACUUGCAAUGAAGCCUGGUGGCAUUUUCUUUACUCAGAUGGAGUUUUGGAAUUGUCCUUUACGAAAUCUUCACCAUAGGUAUGUCAGAUAAUUGUGUUUCAAUGUAUUUUAGAUGGAUGACACACGUUUUGAUCGAUUCGUUGUUUUCGUGUUUAACCUCUCGUUUUAGGUGGCUCUCCUUAUCCAAAGAUUCACGGACGAAAAAUGGCAGAUUUACUGACUCAGGGUUACAGGAUGCCUAAACCAAGGCACGUGGGCGAUACCCUGUAAGGCCAUGGAUGUAUUCAUUUAUUUGAUUAUUCAUGAACUUAAUAUGUAAGGUUUCGAAUUUUUUUCAUUACCUCGAUAGCUGUUUCGAAAUGAGAAUGGUAUUCCAAAAAAAAAAUUUAAUUUAUUCCUAAAAAAAAAAAAAAAGCUAUCGAUUUAUUGACCACUACAUUCUUCAACUUUCUAAGCAUAGGGGAUCCCAACUUUCGUACUUAUGUAGCUGUGCAGGAUAUACUGUGAAGUACCUUUUAAAUUUCGUAGGACCAUAGCGCAAGUUUUUUUUUCUCUAUUCUAGUUACAAGAUAAUGCAAGACUGCUGGCAAGAGAAUCCUGAUGAUCGCCCAAUGUUUGAGAAUCUGAGGAACGAUUUGAAGGAAAUGGAAAAUCAACAUCAGGUG